CCCUGCGUGUGCGCGCGCGCGUUAUCGUCUCUUCGAAUUCUCCCUAUAGAUAUGCAUAUAUACACACGCAUUUGCUUACAGAGAGAGAAUCGAGAUAGUCGCAGUGAGAGAGAAGAUGGGUAGGUCAAGGUGCUUCAUGGACAUCGCCAUUGGAGGUGAGCUUGAAGGGAGAAUAGUGGUGGAGCUCUACGACGACGUCGUUCCGAAGACCGCCGAGAACUUCCGAGCCCUUUGCACCGGCGAGAAGGGCAUUGGCCCCGACACCGGCGUUCCUCUUCACUAUAAGGGGAACCGAUUUCAUCGUGUUAUCAAGGGGUUUAUGGUUCAAGGUGGAGAUAUAUCAGCACAGGAUGGUACUGGAGGUGAAUCUAUCUAUGGCUUGAAAUUUGAAGACGAGAACUUUGAACUGAAACACGAGAGGAAGGGGAUGCUCUCUAUGGCCAAUGCUGGGCCCAACACGAACGGGUCUCAGUUUUUCAUUACAACAACCCGUACUUCUCACCUGGAUGGAAAACAUGUCGUGUUUGGAAGGGUUAUCAAAGGAAUGGGAGUUGUUCGUGCAAUUGAGCAUGUUACUACAGACGAGAGGGAAUGCCCCUCUCAGGAUGUUGUGAUUCAAGACUCUGGGGAAAUUUCCGAGGGUGCAGAUGAUGGGAUAUCAAACUUUUUUAAAGACGGUGACGUGUACCCUGAUUGGCCUGCUGAUCUAAACGAAAGCCCAGCAGAGUUAUCAUGGUGGAUGGAGGCUGUGGAUUCUACCAAGGCACGGGGAAAUGAACACUUCAAAAAACAAGACUACAAGACGGCUCUCAGAAAGUACCGCAAGGCUUUGCGCUAUCUGGAUAUAUGCUGGGAGAAGGAUGGAAUCGAUGAAGAGACGAGUACUGCUUUGCGGAAGACAAAGUCGCAGAUCUUCACGAAUAGUGCUGCCUGUAAGCUCAAACUUGGUGAUCCGAAGGGGGCGUUAUUGGAAACUGACUUUGCCAUCCGUGAAGGAGAUAACAAUGUCAAAGCCUUGUUUCGUCAAGGACAGGCAUAUAUGGCUCUCCAUGACGUUGAUGCUGCGGCCGAGAGCUUCAAGAAAGCUCUUCAAUUGGAGCCUAACGACGCUGGUAUAAAGAAAGAGCAUGCUGCUGCUAUGAAAAAGAUUGCUGAUCGACGUGACGAGGAGAAAAGGCGGUACCGCAAAAUGUUUCUCUAAGAUCGGAAAAAAUUGUUAUACGUUCUCUGUGGAAUCUUUAGGGUGCAGUUUUUCGAACAAGGCCCUUUCUCCUUAUUGGCAUUUCUAAUGAGCCCAUCAGGGAACGUCCGUACAAAUUGGCAUUCCCAAAUAGCCCAUUUGCAACCUCUCUCGGGAUUCAGACUGUGGCUCGGGCUCGGGCUCGGGCUUGGGCUGGAACCCGCUGAUUCGAGCCCGCGUUCUCAGGAUUCAAUUCUAAUAUUGUUUUAUUAGGAAAAGAAUGGUUUGGAUAACAAAAAUCUCAAUUAUUUGAUUUUUCGGUUAUAUAUAUUUCUGAUUCGUUAGGGUGUAAAAGGAUCGAUCCUGUCCGAGCUCGCACUUGAUCCGAAAGUGUUAGGUUUUGGGCUCACAUCGACCUGAAUUUUUUCGGAUCUACAAAACCAAAUUUGAAUCCCCUGUAAGAAUCAAGUUCAGG